AUGAGUCAAUUCAACAAGGAAGAUAUCAAUUCGGAAUUGAAGAAUUUGUUAGGAAGGGUUGUUUCGAUGAAUUCAUCAUCAUCUACUUCUCUCCUCUCGGAAUCAAAUAGUAAUUUUAAAAUUGAGGGAAAAUCAUUUUCGGAAAUUGUGAGAAUUAUUGCUGAUCACAUUUCUCUCUUCUCCGAUAUGGAAAUUAAACAAUUGAUAAUACCACACAUCAUUUUGUCGAACUCGUACAAGAAAAAGGCAACAAAUUUUGUGGAGAGGUUUUGCUUUCUAGUGGAUUAUGUCCUUUCUCAUAAGCAUUUUCCAAUAAUUAUUCAUAAUUUACUGGUGCCCAUGAUGGAACAAAAUGAUUUUUAUUUCAGUAUGGUGAAAUCUUGUAUGGAAGGAGGGAAAAAUUCAAUAACUGGCAAUAUUGAACAAGAGACCAUCAUUAGAAUUAUUUUAACUCUUCAUGAAAAGAUUAGUGCACUCUAUUUUAAGAGUGAUGAUAGAAAUCGAGACGAUUCGAAAGGGUCUACGUCAAAAAAGAAUGAUAGUUUAAUUGUAGAAUUGCUGGACCAUGCAUCAGCAUCUGAGGAUCUACUUGUUUUCAAAGGAGAGCUUAGCACUCAAUCUCAAUACAUGAGAACAAACUCUUCAUUGUGGAAGUUACCAAAGCUAUUCAAUUCUGAUAUCUAUAUUUCACACAUAAUCAAUUCACUAAUUUCCAUAGAGUCUGAGGAUGAGGAAAUUAUCAAUUAUUCCAUUGACAUAGCUGGAAAUUUCAUUUUACAAUUCAUCAAGAGAGGAUAUGGAGAUAUUUGUUGUGAUAUACUUGUGAAAUGGUUUUCAGAAUCCAAUCAUCAAUUGUACAGAGUAUUAUCUUCAUUGGAAAAUAGAAAGGGUUUCAAUAUUAGUGCACUGGAAAAUAUUGUAAAAUCAUUCAUCAUCAAAGUUCUAAAGAGUAGACCAAGUUUGGAUAGGUAUGAAGAAUUGGUCAAGUUUUUCAAUGAGAAGAUUCUCAAAUCAUUUUUGUGGUAUGAACUAUUCUCAAAUGCACUUAUUUUCAAGUACGCCUUUGCACCACACGUUGUAAACAGGAAUGAGUAUAUUUUUGUAAAGAUGUUAAUUGAUUCAAUCGGACCAGCUUGUACCAAUACAACAAUUGCCCUUUCAUCAGUAACGGAUUAUAUCAGUUCAAUAUGGAAACAACAUUAUUUUAUUAUGCAAUCUAAUGAGGAACAGCAAUUAUAUGUAUCGUAUUGUCUUGCUAUGCUUAUUUCACUAAUGAGCAAGGAAGAGUUUGAAAUUUCAAAUACCUUGAAAAAUUGUAUUGAAGGAAUUCAGCAAAGAUUACAUUCUUCAAUUGACUAUGUAAGAAAAAGUGGAUGUUUACUUUCUCUACAAAUGAGUAAGAGCAUUAAUCCAAAGCAACCUCCGCUCGUUCUCUUUGAAGAAUACAAGGAUUGUCUCGAUGAGCUCACAUCUAACAUUCAGAAUUCAAGUACCAAUUUUUCAGAGAGGAAACCCAAUGUAUUUGGAGAACCAAAAUCAAAUUUAAAGAAGGAUCUUGAUAAGAAAAAGAAGGAGAAAGUUUUCAAUCCUAAUCAAUUACUCCUCGAUGACGACGAGGAGAGCAGUAGCUCUGAAGAGGAAGAAGCAGAUCUCUCUGAUACAUCUUCAGUAGAAUCUCUCCAAUCUUUGGACAUGUCUGAUGAGGAGCAUGAUCACGAGAAUAAUCCUUACAGACCAUACUAUAUCAAGGAUGUAAUUGACUUUUUAUUUGCCAACGAUCAAGACAAGGAUCAAAUGUUCAAAAUUGAAGCAGCUCUCAAGUAUGCAACCACAAUUAUUGAAAGAGCAGAUCCAAAGGUGGUCCAAUUGAAUGGUGUUAAUUUGUGUACAGCUCUAUUGACCUGUUCAGAGACUACCAUUGAUAAUUAUUUCACAGAUAGAAUGAAUGCCAUGGUUGCACUUCUCACCAAGACAUGUUCAUCCGUAAUUGAACUUCAAUUUGAUAAGCAAGAUCAGAGGUCUAUUGACUUUGAAGAUGAAACAGUUUUAAUAUACUUGACAAACAAAUUCUGGUCCAACCAAGUGACCCAAGCUCAAAGAAUUGACAUUUUGACAGUACUUGUGAAAUCUGCCCUCAAUCUUUCGAAUAAUACUUCAAUCUCUCAAUCUGAAAAGAAGAAGGAAGAUACACCUCCAACCUCCACUAACGAAACAAAGAAUUCCAAAACCACCUACACUCCUCAAUAUCCAGCCAACACUAGAAGAUGGGGCUCCUCCCUAAAUAAGAAAAAGACAGAAAAGGUAGCCAAGGCAAACUACUUUCUUCUCCACGCCUACCGAUUCUACUACAUGCUGCUGAGAACAAAGAAUCAAAUGUCUAACACCAUUCACAUCAUGUUUGGUGAGGAUAGUUUAGUUCUCUCCAAGAUUAUUCACACCAUUGGAAUUUUCAUAUAUUGUUGUGGAUCUAAUCCUGCUCCAUUGGUUGGACAAGAAUUGGCAAGGAAUACCAUCGAAUUCUGUUGGACACUCAUUCUACACUGUAAGGAUGUCCAAAAAGUGAAUAGUCUUAGAGCUAGUAUUCUAAAUACACUUCAUACCUCCUUCUGUUCUUGCACAUCUGAAACUCUGUUGAAUGAAGUGAAGGUGGAGGUGCAUUCGGUAUUUGAUUGGUUGAUGGAUAUUAGUGAGAAUGAUGGAGGUAAUGAGUGUAGAGAGCUUGCCAAAAUGGCUCUUGCCUCAUUGUCAUCCAAAGUUUCUAAAUAA